AUGGAAGAAGAAAACAGUAACAUUACUGGAAAAGCUCCAGUGCGAAUUGCCUUUAUUCAUCCCGAUUUAGGAAUUGGAGGAGCAGAAAGAUUAGUAGUAGAUGCCGCUGUAGGAUUACAGUCCCUUGGGAAAGAGGUUAUCAUUUAUACUUCUCAUUGUGACAAAAGGCAUUGUUUUGAAGAAAUCCGAGAUGGUACCUUGAAAGUAGAAAUUUACGGCGAUUGGUUACCAUCUUCUAUAUUUGGCAAACUGUCGAUUCUUUGUAGUACUGUGCGACAGAUCUACUUAACAUUAGUCCUUCUUUUCAAAUUUCGUUAUUAUGAUGCUAUAUUUGUCGAUCAGUUAUCUACUUGCAUCCCAAUGCUUUUACUCGCCUGCCGUACGCUGCUGUUUUAUUGUCAUUUUCCAGACAAAUAUUUGGUAAAACCAGGAGGUGGAAUACUUAAGAAACUUUAUCGGGUUCCUUUUGAUUCAUUUGAGGCUUGGUCUGUUCGUUUAGCUGAUCGCAUUGUGGUUAAUAGCAAUUUUACAGCGUCCGUGUUUAAGAAAGCUUUUCCCAAAGUCCGAAAGCCUCUUCGAAUUAUCCAUCCCUGCGUAGAUGUUAAGGCUGCAGACCUUUCUUCGCAAUAUGAAAUCUCUGAGUCAAUUUCAUCUCGCAAACUACUCAUUUCUGUCAAUAGAUAUGAAUUAAAAAAGGAUAUUGCCUUGGCGAUCGAGUCGUUUGCUGCUCUUCGCGAUUUAUCUUCGGACCAGUUUUCUGACUACCUUUUAGUUAUUGCCGGAGGGUUUGACACACGUGUAGCUGAGAAUCGUAAAUAUUUAGAGCUACUUCAAGAUUUAUGCAAGCAGAAGGGUUUCUCCUAUCAUACCGUCAAAGAUGACUGGAAAAAUUUAUCCAUAGACCCUCAAGUAAAUGUUUUGUUUUUACUAUCCGUGCCUUCUGAUGUUAGAGAUGCGCUCAUCUCUACUUCAAAAAUUCUCCUUUAUACGCCGGAAAAUGAGCACUUUGGAAUUGUACCUCUCGAGGCAAUGCUCCGAGAAGUACCUGUUCUUGCCCAGUCAAAUGGUGGUCCUUUAGAAACUGUAUUCGAUGGAAAAACAGGUUGGCUCCGUCCUCGCGAUCCCAAAAUCUGGGGAAAUGUAAUUCAUGAAGCUGCUACUAAUUCAUCAUAUGAUAUUAAAGCAAUGGGUGAAGAAGGAAGAAAGUCGGUGAUAAAUGAGUUUUCGGCUGAUGCAAUGGCUUCUAAAGUAGAAUCAGAGAUAAUGUCUGGAAUUUGUUCUUCAACCCCUAGACGUUACACAAUACGCUGCUUUCAUGGUUCGGUCGCUCUUUUGACAUUAGCUGCAUUUACCUGGCUGAUAACUACGAUCUUGUCUUUUUAUUCAUUAAGCUUUUUUAACGUUAUCGCUGGUACCAACGACUACCCAAAUUUUGGAUUAAGCCUUUGGUACGGCGGCACCGUAACUGUUUUAUUAAUCAUUACAGUGGCUGUUCUUGCCAGAAAUGUUUAG